AUGGCACAGUUACCUCCUAAAAUACCAACCAUACCCCAAAAUUGGCAACAUUUUUCUCACCAAAAGGUAUCAUCAUCCUCCACAAUGUCAAAUAUCACCUCUACAACCACCACUGAUCAUCAACAAUUACCGUCAUGGAUCGACGAAUUCCUCGACUUCUCCUCGGUAAGACGAGGAGCCCACCGGCGUUCUGCUAGCGACUCUAUAGCCUUCCUCGAGACAUCGUUUCUCGAGGAAGACGGAAAAAGUGGUGGUGAUGGAGAUGGUGACUUUGAUAGACUGGAUGAUGAACAAUUAAUUUCCAUGUUCUCUGACAAUGUUGGCGGCGGCGGUGUCUCGUUCCUGCCUCCCCCGUCAACCUCCAACACGUCGUCACCUUCCUCCGACCAAAAUAGUAACAACAAUGAAGAGAAACCAAUGGCAAUGGUGUUGGAUUCUACUGCACCAGUGCAAGAACGUUAUCUUCAUCACGAGGUGAAGCCUAAGGAUGAAGCGGUUGAAGAUGAAAGCUCGUGUAGAAUUGAGGAAGCGGUGGCGGAGGCGCCAUCUUUCGCCGCAACCAUCACCUGCACUGAAACCGUUGUUGAUCCCAAGAGGGUCAAAAGAAUUUUGGCAAACCGGCAAUCAGCUCAGAGGUCGAGAGUGAGAAAGCUGCAAUAUAUUUCUGAGCUUGAAAGGAGUGUAACAUCUUUGCAGACGGAGGUUUCAGCAUUAUCACCACGAGUAGCAUUCUUGGACCAUCAACGUUUGAUUCUUAAUGUCGACAACAGUGCCUUAAAGCAAAGGAUUGCAGCAUUGGCUCAGGAUAAGCUUUUCAAAGAUGCUCAUCAAGAAGCAUUAAAGAAGGAAAUAGAAAGGUUGAGACAAAUCUAUCACCAACAAAACAUACAAAAGAUGGGGAAUUCAAUGAAUAAUAAUAAUAACAACAACAAUGGUCAUUCUCUUCAAUCACCACCAACAUCACAACCACACCAACACCCUUUCCAUAAUCACUUGGAAUGCAAGGACAAAGAGCAACUCCUUAGUUAA